CGUAAACAUGUCACAGAUUAUGGGAUUUAUAUAAGAGCAAAGAAGGCUUCUGCGAACCAGUGUGCAUGGUGCAUCAAGCAUGAUGAUUAAGCUAUUCCUCGUUACUUUAUUUUGCGCGACGCUAGUGUUCACCAAUUCGUCAGCCCACGAAUUACUGAAGAAAGAUGUACCGAUGAGCGGAUUUCGUAAUAUGGCUGAUCACUUUAUGGAUCAUAGUACUAGUAGUUUGGUUCGACGAUCAGCAUACGGACCACCAAGACCACCAGGGCCUCCUGGAGGAAAUAGAGGAGGAAUGGAAGGAGGAAUGGAAGGAGGAAUGGAAGGAGGAAUAGGAGGAAACGCGGGAGGAGGGCGAGAACAAUAGAAUCAGAUCACAAGAAUUAUCGUAGAAUGAGUAGUUCAUACUCUUUAGGUCCAAUAUGAGGAUAUUGAAGUGAUUUAAAUUUCACUCAACACUUUGACAUGUCUUAUUAGAAUACUUUGCACGCUUUAAAAUCCCUCCCCUCCACCGCCCUACCGCCCCGAUGAUUUCAGAAUAAUAAAACUUUGCACUGCAUGAUA